AUGAGCAUGAUGUUGGACCCACUUAUGAUCGCCCACCCUCCGUCUGGGAUCUCAUUCGACCCCGCGCCAGAGGAUGAGCCGCCCUUUGACACUUAUUGUAUCGUCUGCGACAAACGUAUCCCGCCUCUGUCUUCUGGCAAGAACGGGGAGAAGAAGAAGAAGAAGGUCAAGGCUGGUGGUACCAUCCGCGUGAAAAAUGCGGAUGGUACAACGACGACGCGCAAUGCGAAAGGCAAAGUCACCCGACCGCCUUUACGCAACAGCAACUCUUCCUCUCAAUCCACCACCAUCACCAACACCACGACAGCCCUCCCUCCUCUCGCUCGACCGAAAACGACCGACGGCACCAUCCCCACGUCUGCCAACGUCUCUUCCCCCGAAGCCGCCCUCCCCUCAACUUCCUUGGCAAGCACACUCGCCAGCACCCCCGGUUCCGUGCACUCUGCCUCGUCCCACCCUGCGUCGGGCCAAGUCCCGUUCCACAGCCCGAUCUACUGCUCUCGUGAAUGUCAAGAACACGAAGCCGGUCGGUCGGACGAGACGUAUAAAGAGCUGGCGAGGACGAUGAGUUUCGACUUUUCCCAUGCUUUCCAUUCGCCCGAACAUGAGCUCGAGCUCGUGCCCCUUUCUACUAGAGAGAGGGAGAGGGAGAAGGGUGUGAGGUCGCCGUUUGCGCCACCGAGUCCGGUGGGGACGAGUGAUACCGAGAGUUCCAACUCUGCUGGGUUGCAGGGUUCGUCCGGGUCUGGUGAAGAGGGUGAACUCCCGCGGCCGUCGACUUCGACAUCUACCAGAGGAGCAGCGCGAGGAGUGUAUGGGGAGGAAGAAGCAGCCUCCGCGCCCAAGAUUAUGGACUAUUUCCGAUUCUCCAAAGGCGGGCCCGACCAGGCCUGGAACGAAGUCUCCCUCUCCCGCCAACGACGGUCGUCCAUGCAGCCAUCAGCGUAUGGCGCUUACGGCCAUAUCACCCCCGGAGGCGAGUCGUCGAGCGAGAUGGACUUUGCCCGGUCGAUGAGCGGUGGCGGCAGGCUGCGAGGAAUGACGCCAGUCAAGGAGAGGCGGGUGUCUGCUGCCGGCCCAGGGGCGGAGAGGGCUGUACCGAUCCCGGUGAGACCUAUGGCGAGGUCGAACCUGAGUCAAACUUCGCUGGGAGGCGCGUCAGUCUCGAGCCAGCAUUCUGUGCUCCCGCCCGAGUUCGGAUCGGCCCCGACCCAUACGCUUGGUUUAUUGCAGUCUUAUGCGUCGGCGUUCCCUGUGCGAUCGUCGUGCAAUACUCCGAAUUCGUUCUCGCAGCGCGGGUCGACGCCGCAGAGAGGGUUCAUCUUUCCCGAGACGACCGUACCGUUGUCUACCUCGACGAGAUCGCCUUCCCCACCGGAUUAUGAGGUUUUGAGGCGGGACAGCGCGUCGUCGAUCUCGCGUUCCCAAGGCGGCACGAUCAAGGCAAAGAAGAGUGAACCCACUUGGGACUCUUUCGGCCGGAAAGAAGUGCAAGCUCAGUCUGCGCGCCAGAACCGACGUUCAGGCGGAGGAGCCGAUUCGACGCCUGUUGCAGUCCCCCGCCGAGGGUCCCGCGCAAGGGAACAGAGUGUAGGACGGGAGAACACGCCGAGGCAGAAGAUGGAGAAGGACGGGCAGGGGUGGCGAUAUGUGCCUUCCAGCUCUCCGCCUGCUUCCUCUGGGAUGGGCGUUGGAAGGUCUGGUACAGUGAGGAGGAAGAGCGCAGAAGAACAGUCUCGCGCUGUCUCUAUCGGCCAUGGCCGACCACUGCAGCUCUCCACGUCGGCUACAUCGCACUCGGGGUCGCAUACCCCUUCAUCGCGAUACCUGCCGACUGCAGCGGGCGAACCGGAUAUGGCGGGCUUGACGCUUGGGGAAGCUGGGGAGAAGCUUGGGAUGGGGCAGAGUGUGCCGAGGAGGAUUGGGUUUAAUUGGGAUGAGACGAUGGGGGUCAAGACGUACGAGUUGCCGGGGAAGAUGAAUAAGAAUCAGAAGGGGUUGUUUUACUUUCAAUAG